AUGUGUGGUGGAUUUACGUGUUCCAAAAAUGCCUUAAUCGCCCUCAACAUUCUUUAUGUUGCUGUGGCUUCAAUUCUGAUAUCAGUGGCGGUGUAUGGGCAGGCAUCAUCACUGGUUACCAACCUGCCUAUUGUAGGAGGUAUACUAGCAUGUGGAGUUUUCCUCAUUCUGAUAUCCCUGUUGGGUCUGGCAGGAGCUAUGAAACAUCAUCAAGUUAUGCUCUUCUUUUAUAUGGUGAUCCUAUUUCUUCUGUUCCUGGUUCAGUUUUCUAUUGCGUGUGCUUGUCUUGCCGUUAAUUCAGAUCAGCAAGAGAUGUUAGCUCAACAGGGUUGGAAUCAAGUGGAUAUGGAUGUCCGAGGCCAGGUUCAAGAAAGAUUUCAAUGCUGCGGCUUCCAAAGCCGAGACUUCAAGCCAAACACUACCAGUGACCAUCCAUCAUGUGUUCUCGCUGAUCAAUUAUGUUGUAACAGCUUGACAAUAAAAGAUGACUGCCAAUGUCAGCCUUGUAUGGAGAAAUUAAAAGAAACUAUUGAUUAUGCAUUCAAGCUGUGCGGUGGUAUUGGAUUGUUCUUUAGUUUCACGGAGCUUUUCGCAGUAUGGCUCGCCCGUCGUUACCGCAACCAACCGGACCCCAAUUACAAGGAACCCCAUGCCGUAUUCCCAAGAAAAAACUACUUGUAUUAA